AUUUUGUAGAAAAGAAGUUCCUUUUAGUAUUUCUAUCUUUAAAAAGAAGAUAUAAGUAAAUCUAAGUACCUACUUGAUCUCGAGUAUACAAACGACCAUGUGUCCUUAAGCUUUAAGUUGUACAUUUGUUUCUAAAAAUUAUACAUAUAUAUACAUUUGUAGUACAAAUAUUGAUGUAAAGCCUCUUGUUUCCCUAUUGAAAAGGAAUAAAUAAAAUGAACAAAGCUGUUUGACUUUUAUUAUUAGAAAAAAAAAUGUUGGUACUUUCAAAGGCAUUUUGGUACGCUUUUUGGUACGAAAAAAAAAAUGUCUGUGGCAACACUGCUUUCAACUCUGCUGGCGUUCUCUUUUGUGUUUUCCAUUCGACAUUUGAACAGUGACAAGUGAGUGAUGGAAUUUCUUUACGUGCUAUAAAAUAUGGCAAAUACAAAUAUGGAAAUUGUUUUCGAAGGGGACAAAUUGUACAAACUUUUGGAAUUAUUUGAUUUAAUAGAUUUGUACGAUUUACUGAAAGAACACAACAUUACGGAGGAAAGUUUAAAGUUUAUGCAGAGCAGCCACAUUAAUGAAUUAUUCCCCAAAGAACUUUUGGGACGCAAAAUUAUUUUUGAACAGAGAUUCAAGGAGUGGCAAAUAGAACAAGGAGUGCGCAUUGAAAUUUUAUCUUUUCCAUCAGAAAGCGCAACGCCCGGAUCAGGAUCAACAGAAUCCAUUUCUUCUAGUUUUCUUGGUGCGGUUAAUGAUUUAAAUGAAAUUUCGUUAUUAGGAAUUUUAAAGUCUAACGUGAAUGGAAAUGCUGUUUUAAAAUACUUUGAAAAUAAUCAAAGUUUAUCAACCAAGACUCGGAAACUUUUAUGUUCCUCGAUCACGGAAUACUUAAUUUAUAACAAAAUUAAGCCAACAAGAUUUCAUUUUUCGAAUUUAGCGGACAAAAUUAUACAACUUUUCCCAAAGGAAUCUAAGGAUACUUACUACUUAUACAAAAAGUGUAAAAAGCCAAGUGGCAAUUUAUACGCGCACUACCACAACAGCAUUUACCAACUACGAAAGGCCAAAGUUUCUGUUAAUCCUGAACCAGCGAAACUGCGUUCGUCUCUUUCGUUGAAUUUAGAUAAAAACCUUAAUACAGAUUUACAUUCUAAUGAAAACGAAGCGAAAAAUUGGCUUAAAAACAACAUUGAACCGUACGAUAAAGUGGUAGAAUACUGGAAUGUUACAUACGAGACAAGACAAAAGUUAUUUAAUUCAACAAUUACAACAAACGAUAUUUUAAUAGAGUGGCCUAUUCUAAAGCAACAGUUUGGAUAUUGUUUGAUCGAAUUGGACUUUGAAAAAAAAUAUCCUCUAAAAUCAAACUGCUUAUUGGAAGAAUGGGACAAUCUCGUAACCAAAUUGAUACCGCGUUUUAACAAUUACGCCAAAGACAAAUAUGGUCUUCAAUUAUUGGAAAAAUUAACAACCAAUAUUGAUAAAAAUGCACGUGAUGUGAUUGUUUCCUUGUUGCUUCAUAGUAUGUUAAAACCGACUCAUCGCAAAAAGAACAAGAAAACAACUUUAUUUGAGUCCAGAGAAGCAUUUCUUAUACAUGCUGCUACCAGGCAAGAGCUUCAACAUAAGAUACUUGAAGGUAUCAAUAAGUGCAAAGCUGGAGAAACAGUUCAACCACAUUUGUGCGGAAUCGGUGAAGAUGAUAUAAAUUUGACGGAAUUUUAUAUAUUCUUCGCUAACAGCUAUUACAAAAUUUAG